CCCUCUUAAGGGAUCAAGUAUAUUAUCAGCUCAGUCCAUAUACGAUUGGAAUAAUCCAAAUGAGUUUUAGAUGUUGAAAGGAAUUGGGUAACAGGUAGAGGUUUUUGGAAAAGGAAAUUUGGUUUGCCUUAAUUCUCAACUAGGCCCUCUGCCUUCGCCAUCUGGUAAAGAGAAAUGUAUAGAUUUUCCAAUUGAUAAUUUAAUCAACCAAUUGACUUCGGGGCGAUAAAUCUUUACCGUUGAAGUCCAGUUGAUCCAAUGCAAGUCCAUUUUUGGGUACCUGCUCGCUAUCAAAAUAUUGCAAGUACAGCAAGUAAAUGAUAAUACCUCUCUUCUGAAAAAAAAAAUGAUAAUACCUCUCUGUAGGAAUAAGAGACAGAAACUUGUUUUGGCUGUGCCAGGGCCACGGAGGCCAAAGGCUUGCCUUGCGAUUAGAGCUCUCUGUUCACUCUUCUGCAUAGCAAGACGACGUUGUACAGCAUAAUUGGCUUCCUGCAGUUUCGCUGGAGGUAGAAUCCCUCAGCGGGAGGCUGUAGUUGGAGCUCAGAAGCCAAGUUUAUUCUUUUUCUAGAAAAAUGCAGUCAUGCUCACGCAUGCGAUGCAUUUGAGGGAAAUAAACGACGGCGUUUUUGCGUUGUAGUUUAGCUAUUAAAUUGUCCUUGACUAUUUUGCGGUUAAUAUUCUGUUUGUGUGGUAGACGAUUCAGGACCAAAAAACUGGCAUUCUUAAGCACCAGAAAAUCACCUUUAAGAAUCGUAUCGCUAGUCAAAUUCGGCUUUUUGGGUUUUCCUUUUGAUGGGCACAGUGAUCUAUUACACGGGCUUAUUUUCUCCUCUGAGAACAAGAUUCUGCUCUUUUAGGAUUGUUUCUUCAUCUUCGUCAGUGGGUGUAUCGAGACAGCAAGCGUUGGAGCAAGUGGACAAGGAGCUUGCCAAGGGAGAUGAAAGAGCAGCACUCUCUCUUGUCAAGGAUUUGCAGGGAAAGCCAGGUGGCCUUCGAUGUUUCGGAGCUGCAAGGCAGGUACCCCAAAGGCUUUACUCAUUGGAUGAACUGAAGCUGAAUGGAAUAGAAACAGCUUCUCUUUUGUCCCCUGUGGAUGCAACAAUCGGUUCUAUUGAAAGAAGCCUGCAAAUUGCUGCUGCUUUUGGUGGGAUUGCUGCUUGGAAUGCUUUUAGGUUUAGCCCACAACAGCUAUUUUAUUUUUCUCUGGGAUUGUUGUUUUUAUGGACAUUAGACGCGGUCUCUUUUAACGGAGGAGUUGGGAGCUUGGUUCUUGAUACUGUUGGUCACACAUUUAGUCAGAAGUACCACAACAGGGUUAUUCAACAUGAAGCUGGGCAUUUCUUGAUUGCCUAUUUGGUAGGCAUUCUUCCUAAGGUUUAUACGCUAUCUAGUUUGGAAGCUUUACAGAAGGAAGGAUCUCUCAAUGUUCAAGCAGGAACUGCUUUUGUGGACUUGGAAUUUCUUGAAGAAGUUAAUGCAGGGAAAGUAUCUGCUACGACUUUGAACAGAUUCUCAUGCAUUGCACUUGCGGGUGUAGCAACUGAGUACCUUCUAUAUGGAUAUGCAGAGGGAGGCCUUGCUGAUAUAAAAAAGUUGGAUAUGCUGCUCAAGAGCUUAGGCUUUACCCAGAAGAAAGCAGAUUCUCAAGUCAGAUGGUCUGUCUUGAACACUAUCUUAAUUUUGCGUCGGCAUGAUGGAGCCCGAGCUAAACUUGCAGAAGCCAUGACCAUGGGAAGAUCUGUAGGAUCAUGCAUUGCCAUCAUAGAAGAUACUAUAGAUGAUGCAGAUAUUUAACUGAACUGGGCCAUUGAUUGUUCCUAAAAAUACAACCCUUUUAUAUUUUCAUUCUUUUUUCUUUCUUAAAAAAAUGUCGCACUUAUUACUUUUAAAGAUAUGUUUUCCU